ACGUCUGCUGUUGUUGGGGGGUUUGUGGAGCUCUGUGGGAGCGUCCAGCCUGGCUGUCGUUACUUGCGGCUCCGUGGUGAAGCUACUCAAUACGCGCCACAACGUCCGACUGCACUCACACGACGUGCGCUAUGGGUCAGAUGAGGAAACAGACGCAGAGAAAUUAAAUCGUUUAUUCAAAGCCUUGCAGCUAGCAAAUGACAAAGUCGGGGUUCUAUCCAAAUCUAUCCAGGUUCAAAGCCUGCUUUAGAGACAAACAAGAAAAUUACAGUAGUGGGCAGCAGUCAGUGACAGGUGUAACCUCUGUGGAUGACAGCAACAGUUACUGGAGGAUACGGGGGAAGACCGCCACAGUGUGUGAGAGGGGAACCCCCAUCAAGUGUGGCCAGCCCAUCCGGCUGACACAUGUCAACACUGGCCGAAAUCUCCAUAGUCACCACUUCACUUCACCUCUUUCUGGAAACCAGGAAGUGAGUGCUUUUGGUGAGGAAGGUGAAGGUGAUUAUCUGGAUGACUGGACAGUACUCUGUAAUGGACCCUACUGGGUGAGAGAUGGUGAGGUGCGGUUCAAACACUCUUCCACUGAGGUACUGCUGUCUGUCACAGGAGAACAGUAUGGUCGACCUAUCAGUGGGCAAAAAGAGGUGCAUGGCAUGGCCCAGCCAAGUCAGAACAACUACUGGAAAGCCAUGGAAGGCAUCUUCAUGAAGCCUAGUGAGUUGUUGAAGGCAGAAGCCCACCAUGCAGAGCUAUGAAUCUAGAGGCUCUGAGCCACGGUUAACGCACAGUGUUCACAGACGUCUGUUGCUGCCUCACCUUGGGAUCCCUGCUACAAGUUCCUUGGGCAGUGGCCAUGUCACCAUUGAGAUGAAGAUAUACAACAGAAAAUAGUGGCUGUGUUUGGAAGCUUCAGCCCUGCACACUUGAACUAGUCACUCUCCCAGACUUGCGUGGGUCAGUUCUUUCUGAGUAGAGGACUUGCUGGUAAAGGGGCAGAUGCUUUUUAUUCGUACUGAUAAAACAAACUGAGGGGAACAUCCCUCUUAGCUGGGAAACUUUACUCUUCAGGAGCUUGGCAUCAUGGACUGUUAAUGUAUGUGAUUUUUCCCCUAUUUUCUCUCUCCAAAAUGAUAAAAAUAAUAAUUUUA